AAACUGUAAACCCUUUCACACACUCCUACUAUCCUUUAACCCUAAUCCCCCUUUCAGCUAUACAAUCAAGAAAUUUCACAUUUUGAAGUAUACCCAUUUCAUCUUUCUAGAUCUGCUUCCUUUCUUGAUUUCAAGAUCCCAUUAGGGUUUCAUACCCAUUAGGGUUUUGUUACAUUUUCUUGAAAAAGUUUGAAUUUUUAUACAAUUUAAUUGGUUCUUUGAGCUUUUGGGUCAAGGGUUUUGGUUAAUUUGAAAAAGGGUAUGUAUUGAAUUUGAGUAAUUUGUAGUGUACCCUUUUCAUCUUAUAGAUCUGCUUCCUUUCUUGAUUUCAAGAACACACCCAUUAGGGUUUUGUUACAUUUUGUUGAAAAAGUUUGAAUUUUUAAUGCCAUUUUAUGAAAUUUAAUCGGUUCUUUGAGCUUUUUGUGCUAGGGUUUUGGAUAAUUUGAAAAGGGUAUAUGUUGGAAUUGAGUAAUUUUGGUUGAAUUUUGAAAAAUGGUGGCAACAAGGUCUCAGGUUAAUGUGAUUCAAGAAAGAAAUGAAAUGAGGGAUGAACAAGAUAACCCGAAUUUGGGGAAUCGGCAUCAGUUGAGGAAUCCGCAUCACGGGUUGAAGGAAAAGAUGAAAGCUUUGACACAAUUGUAUGAACAGCAGAAACAGUCUUCGAUUUCGCUGCGAAACCCUUCUCCGAAACCGGAUAAAGUUCGGUUUUCGACCCACCCGAGUGUUGAUCUGUUGAGUAGUGGAUCUUGCAAACAAGAAUCCGAAAAGAGGAAGUUGAGUGUUGUGGAGAAUCAGGUGAUGAGGGAGAAUUCGAUGCCCGUUUCGACUGUCAGCAAGACUUAUAUCUUGCCACAACAGCCGCCGCCUCAACCGAUCGCUGCGGUGGCAGAGGAUGCCAAAGAGAAUAUAGCGGUGGCGGUUGAUGGCGGCGGCGGUGGUGGUAACGCUGAAAAGAUUGUCGUAAUGAGAGAGAAUUCGAUGCCGGCCUCGAUGGUCAGCAGGACUUAUAUCUUGCCACAACAACCACCGCCUCAACCGCCUGCGGCGGCAGAGGAUGCCAGAGAUAAAGUAGCUGCGGCGGUUGGAGGCGGCGGCGGUAACGGUGAAAAGAUUGUUGGAUUUACAUGCCCACCAAGACGAGGGGUGGUGACUACUAAUGUCGUAAGAAAGUUAUCAAUGGGGGGUGGUGGUGGUGGUUAUGCGGCGGCAGGCGGUGGCGGAGAAGGGGUUGUUAAGAAUGCAGCAGAAUCAGAGGGUGUGACAGUGAAGUUAGGAAGUGUAGGUAGUAGGAUUCUUGUUUUUGUACGGCUGAGACCAUUAAGCAAGAAAGAAAAAGAAGUUGGUUCAAGAUCUUGUGUUAGGAUUGUGAAUCAGAAAGAAGUUUACUUGACUGAGUUCGCCAACGAAAACGAUUAUCUUAGACUUAAACGACUUCGCGGUCGUCAUUUCACAUUCGAUGCUGCAUUCCCGGAUUCGUCUUCCCAGCUCGACGUUUAUUCGACUUCAACAUCUGAGCUGGUUGAAGCAGUUUUACAAGGAAGAAAUGGGUCGGUUUUCUGCUACGGUGCAACAGGUGCUGGCAAGACAUUUACAAUGCUAGGAACCGUCGAAAAUCCCGGUGUAAUGGUUUUAGCCAUAAAGGAUUUGUUUAACAAAGUAAGAAAAAGAAGUUGUGACGGAAAUCAUGUAGUUCAUCUGUCAUAUUUAGAGGUUUAUAACGAAACCGUUAGAGAUUUACUUUCUCCCGGACGCCCUUUGAUCCUUAGAGAAGAUAAACAGGGGAUCGUGGCAGCAGGGCUCACUCAGUAUCGCGCGUAUUCAACUGAUGAGGUCAUGAUGUUGCUUCAACAAGGAAACCGUAAUCGGACUACCGAACCAACUCGAGCCAAUGAAACAUCGUCACGCUCCCAUGCUAUUCUUCAGGUUAUGGUUGAGUAUAGAGUGAAAGAUGAAUGUAACAACAUCAUAAACAGAGUUGGAAAAUUGUCGUUGAUUGACUUAGCGGGCUCAGAGCGCGCCCACGCAACUGAUCAAAGAACACUGAGAUCACUUGAGGGCGCCAACAUUAACCGAUCGUUACUUGCGCUUAGUAGUUGCAUUAACGCUCUUGUUGAAGGAAAGAAACAUGUUCCUUAUAGGAACUCAAAACUCACUCAACUGCUUAAAGAUUCUCUUGGCGGGCCUUGCAAUACGGUUAUGAUCGCGAAUAUUAGCCCGAGUAACCUCUCAUUUGGCGAAACGCAAAACACCCUUCAUUGGGCCGAUCGAGCUAAGGAGAUCCGUACUAAGGCAUACGAGGCGAAUGAGGAAAUUACAAAAAUACCCAAUGCAGAAACCGAUCAGGCGAAACUACUACUCGAAUUACAAAAAGAAAACCAUGAUCUAAGAGCCCAACUGGCCCGCCAACAGCAGAAGUUACUAAUGGUUCAAGCGCAAUCUUUAGCCGCAGCAUCGCCAACCCCUUCAACAAUAUCAUCGAUCUUAACAACCCCACCGACUUCAUGUCGACAAAAAGAACGAAAGCCGAAAUCUUUCUUACCCAGAAACUGUUUCACACCAGAAUCCAAGAAAAAAGCACCCGAAGAAACCGUUAAAGAGCUUAAACAGACUAUAAAGAUGCUCGAGGCUGCUAUGGAGAAAAUGAAGAAAGAUCAUGGGCUGCAAAUGAAACAAAAAGACGAUUUGAUUCGUGAAAUAUCGCAGAAGGGUGGAAAGAGAGUUGUGACGAAGGGAAAUUUGAGACCGAAAGAAACGGAAACCGGUGAGUUGAAGAGCCCGAGUUCGCGGUUUAUGUCGCCGGCUGUCAGAGAUAAAAAACGAAGCUUUUGGGAUAUAACAACUGCGAACAGUCCGUCAGUUGUUACGUUAAACGGGAGAAAAACUCGAAGCCAUGUUGUUAAAGAACUCGCAGCAGCUCCGUCUAUGCUUCUUCAGCCAGGUUUUGCGCGUCAAAAACCUUAAUCAGUGAGGCUGGAACACGAACAUAGAGAAUGCUUUAGAGAUUGAUGAUUUAUCUUGAAUAAGGUUUCCUAGAUUAGAUUCAAUUAGUGAAUUACUGAUGUUUGGUAGUUUGUUUUCAAAUCGAUUCUUGAAGAUACGUUUGUGGGUAUGCGGUUUUUUAGUCAUACGGGUCGUUGUAUUUAUAACAUGUCUUCGUUUGAUCGCUUCAUC